GGGGAGCCUGAGAGCCUGGGGGGGCUGCAAAAAGAGAGAAAGAAAACAGCAGGAACCACAACAAAACGCCAGCAGGGCGGGCGGGCGCGCAGCAGCAGCGGGGCGGCCGAGGCAGGAACGGCGGCAGCGGCGGCGGCGGCGGAGGCAGCGGCCGGUGCCCGGCUCGGGCUCGGCUCCCGCGACCCCGGGGCGCCCGGUGGGCCCCCCGCCCCCUCCCCCUCCCCCCUUCCCCUUCCCCUUCCCCUCCCAGCGCGCCCGCGCGCCCCGCGGCCCUCGGCGAGCAGCUCGGCUCCCCCCCAGCGCUCCCCGGGCCCAAAGAUAUGGCAAUGGUAGUUAGCAGCUGGCGAGAUCCGCAGGACGACGUGGCCGGGGGCAACCCCGGCGGCCCCAACCCCGCAGCGCAGGCAGCCCGCGGCGGCGGCGGCGCCGGCGAGCAGCAGCAGGCGGGCUCUGGCGCGCCGCACACGCCGCAGACCCCGGGCCAGCCCGGAGCGCCCGCCACCCCCGGCACGGCGGGGGACAAGGGCCAGGGCCCGCCCGGUUCGGGCCAGAGCCAGCAGCACAUCGAGUGCGUGGUGUGCGGGGACAAGUCGAGCGGCAAGCACUACGGCCAAUUCACCUGCGAGGGCUGCAAAAGUUUCUUCAAGAGGAGCGUCCGCAGGAACUUAACUUACACAUGCCGUGCCAACAGGAACUGUCCCAUCGACCAGCACCACCGCAACCAGUGCCAAUACUGCCGCCUCAAGAAGUGCCUCAAAGUGGGCAUGAGGCGGGAAGCGGUUCAGCGAGGAAGAAUGCCUCCAACCCAGCCCAACCCCGGCCAGUACGCACUCACCAACGGGGACCCUCUCAAUGGCCACUGCUACCUGUCCGGCUACAUCUCGCUGCUGCUGCGCGCCGAGCCCUACCCCACGUCGCGCUAUGGCAGCCAGUGCAUGCAGCCCAACAACAUCAUGGGCAUCGAGAACAUCUGUGAGCUGGCCGCGCGCCUGCUCUUCAGCGCCGUCGAGUGGGCCCGCAACAUCCCCUUCUUCCCGGAUCUGCAGAUCACCGACCAGGUGUCCCUGCUCCGCCUCACCUGGAGCGAGCUGUUCGUGCUCAACGCGGCCCAGUGCUCCAUGCCCCUGCACGUGGCGCCGCUGCUGGCCGCCGCCGGCCUGCACGCCUCGCCCAUGUCCGCCGACCGCGUCGUGGCCUUCAUGGACCACAUCCGCAUCUUUCAGGAACAGGUGGAGAAGCUCAAGGCGCUGCACGUGGACUCGGCCGAGUACAGCUGCCUCAAAGCCAUCGUGCUGUUCACGUCAGAUGCCUGUGGCCUGUCGGAUGCCGCCCACAUCGAGAGCCUGCAGGAAAAGUCCCAGUGUGCAUUGGAGGAGUAUGUGAGGAGCCAGUAUCCCAACCAGCCCAGCCGCUUCGGCAAACUGCUGCUGCGACUGCCCUCCCUGCGCACAGUGUCCUCCUCUGUCAUUGAGCAGCUCUUCUUCGUCCGCUUGGUAGGUAAAACCCCCAUCGAAACUCUCAUCCGAGAUAUGUUACUGUCUGGGAGCAGCUUCAACUGGCCUUACAUGUCCAUCCAGUGCUCCUAGACCUUGGGCACUUCCCAUCUUCCCCUGCUUCCCCUAGAGACUCAGAGGACUCACCCAGGCCAAGGACCCCAAAGCCUCGGGUACUCUGGUGAGGUGGACCAGGCAGGCCAGCCGAGGGGGAGGUGGGCUGGGGACAGAAGCAGCUACUCAGCAAAAAUGCAUCCUGAGCUGCAAACCUAGGAGAAAAAGAGACUCUUUUAGGAUCAGAUCUGUGAGCACGUUGGGAAGGAAAGAAAAAGGAUUUUUCUUUCUGGUGGGAAAAUGAAAAAAAAAAAACAAGGAAGAGAGGACCAUGAAAAUUUUAAUAAAAUAGAAGGAGACUGGUGGACCUUCCAGGAUUUCUUGUGGAUGGAUGUGGAUAUAUUCUGUACAGAAAACAACACAUAUGGAAGUGGACUGAAUCCUAUGUAGACACACACACAAACACACACACACACAUACACACACACACACACACUGAACAUUGUUAUUCAUUUUGUAAAAUACUAGUCUUUAUUUUCAUUUUUGUAAAAUUUAAACAUCGUAUGCGCAUAAAGAAAAAAGGAAACAAGAAUUAGGGGAAAAUAACAUUUUCCAAAUAAUUAUAAAAAUUGUCCUGUGUCUAUGUAUCUAUAUCUGUUUUGUAUUUUUUUCUGGUUCCAAACCAGAUUUCCUGUGAUUCUAUACUAAUAAUUUUGAUAUAACCCUUUGCUUCUUAUAAUGAGUGCGAUAUAUGUUGUCGAGGCUGUUCUUCAAGAAUUAAAAUUGAAGUGAAAAUUUAAACAAAAAUAAAAGAAUUUAGCAAAAUCCA